AUGAGUACAAGCCGCUCUCAAGUUCGAAAGGAGAGCCUCCUGAAGGACCUGGACCGGGUGACACCACUCCUCGCCCAAGAUCGCUGUCACAGUCGCUACAAGGAAGCAUUCGACGACAGGUUCAUUCAGGUCUUCAGCAAAGUCCGGUCGUUUCUUCCUGAAAUUGAGGUCGAAAAAAGGGCCCUCUGGGGCAUACAGAUUCAAUCCAAGAUCUUCACGUUUAGUUCUGCCCUCCGCUUCGACCAACGUCACCGCGCUGUGAUCAUGUCGGUACCAUUGAGCUCUCUGGACCGUGGAGGAAACCUGUCACCUAUGGACCAUGAUGGCUGGACUUUGUGGAAAGCGCUCAACAAUACCUACGCAAUGAUGUGCCAUAUCAUGCAGGUGGCGAUCCCAGCAGACGUGCCGCAAACCGUCACUCAGCAGCAGCUCCAAGCAGCUAACGACGCGGCAAAAGCCCGCGACGGUAACGAAAAAGAUCUGUGCCGCGAGCGGGAUAUGCAUAGGUGUGUUGUGACGGCAGCGACAGAUCCUCAUGUUUGCCAUAUCGUCCCCUGGAGUCUGAACAAGUCCCUCAGGAACAUCAUGUCAAUGAGACAGUUCAGCGCCGGAAUCAGCAGCAUGCUUGGAGUAAGGGAUGGAGGCUCUUACGAGAGCAUACUCGCCCCCCCUAUCCAAGCCGGAGACCCAAGAGGACAGUCGGACAAGACCUGGAACAUGAUAUGCCUCAGUCCGCAACUGCACUCCUGGUGGGAGAAGGCCUAUUUUGCGUUCGAGCCAGGCCUUCCCCAGAAAUUAGUGGGUGUGCAGAAAGCCAGGGUUGACUUGCAAUUCCAUUGGAUGCCCAAGGUUAUCAGCAACGCCACAACCUCCUACAAGUCCAUCGCAGAGCAAGUGGAAGAGAGUCUGAAGUCAGACCCGACACUUUCGGUCAAACCCCACACUUGCCACGGGAGCCCAAUUGUCCAAGCCUUCUUGCGGUCCGGCGAACGCCUUGCGACAGGGCACUGGUUCUCCAUCGAUAUGGACAUAGAUGAAGCAGAGCACUUCUACAACAUGAUGAGGUUGCAAUGGGUCUCUAUCAAUAUCGUCGCGCUUGUCGGUGGGGCAGGCUGUCCCGAUUUGUGUUCCUUCGAUGAUGAUGACUUCAUGCCACCUGGCCUCGAUGUGCGAGAUCCAGACUUUGAGGACGAAGAGUUAGUCAACGCCCUCGAGCCCGUCAACGAGUGGAUAUGGACAUACGAUGAUCCCAAGCCUGACAACGAGUCGAUAUUGACAGACGAUGAUCCCGAGCUCGCGGACUCAUCGGUGUUAAACGACGAGCGAGUUGGUGAGCUAACGAAUAUGAUUGACACUCUUAGUUUGUCAUAG